AAUGGAGCUUCACACUUCCUUCUGCCAACUGAAGACGAACCUCGAUCGUUGUCUGUCGACGAAAAGACUUCGCACUGAAAUAAAUAAACAGACAACAAAAUGAACGCUGUCGAAAAGAAGCUCGCUGACUUGAUACGUGAGCACCCGAAUCUUUACGACCAAUCUCGACAAGACUACAAAGACACUAUGAAAGGGCAUUUGUCGUGGAAAGAAAUCGCAGAGCACAUGGGAAAGUCAGAGGAGGAGGUGAAGUUGAAAUGGAAAAAUCUACGCGACAAGUUCUGCAAAGCGAAGAAGCGAAUGGCCAAGAGAAACUUCCCUCGGCUAACAGACGACGAGAACCCGGUCGAGAGGCCCGUCCCCGUGCUGUACAACCAGCUGGCCUGGCUCAGCGCCUAUGUCAAACCCAAACCAGGAACUGGCAUGGGAGAAGCCGACGAGGGAGCUGGAAGUGGUGAUGACAUGGAGAAAGAACGAGAUAAAGAUGAGAAGCAUGGUCCCCUACCCGUUGUUAGUACUAGCUUUUCAAUUGUGGAGUCCUGUCCGAGCAGCCAUCAGGAGUUUGGAGUCCCUCUUAAACGUAAAAGACAAACCACAGAAACUGAGAUAAGUUCUGCAGAUGCCCUCACCAACCUCAGAGAUGAAGAUGAACUGUUUCUGCUCAGCCUUCUGCCCUCACUGAAGAGGCUUACCAUUAAAAAAAGAAUGGAGGUGAGGAUGAAAUUCCAGCAAGUGCUUUAUGCUGCAGAGUUCGAGGACUGAAGGGCUCAUUGAAAGGCAAGAAAAAUGUAAAAUAUGUAUGAUUAUCCAUGAUAUGUAUGCUAGGCUAUUGUAUAAUUCUUACAAUGUUCAACCUUUAAAUAUGUAUAUAUUUUUUUAUCCAUUAUAGCUCAUUAAUAUUUAUUUUUGGAUAACCACUUCUAUUAAAAAUUUCAGUAUGUAGAUCUCUAUAAUUUAGUGUUAUCAGAUUUGUCCAUGUAUCAAGAGCUUUGUCUCCUGGUUUGAAAAGUGUCUUUCAUUUAUAAUGUGGGCGAUGAAGCCACCCUUUUGCUACUAGUUAUAACAACAGAGUGAACAUGGAGUUGUUAGUUAAUUAGUAGACGUGCAGUAGAAUGUAAUCCAGUCAAAUACAAGAGCCACACAGCGUCUUUGAAUCUCAUAAUGUUCAUUUAAAAUGUUUAAGUUAUUUUUUAGGAUGUGUGUUGUGGCUGUAUGAUACUGCAUUACAUUAAAAUGGGCAUUUUUUUUACACCAAUUAAUGCAAAUGGGGCUUGGUUUAUGCAGGACACAAUGUAUGGGUGUGUAGCUAAGUCAGAGUAUUGAACAUUCAUAAAAAUGUGUUUGAGCCAUUGGUUGACUGACUUCUGUUUAAACAUUCUCCUCAUUUACUGACAGAGCUCGGAAAUGCCAUAAUUAGACAACGUUAUGACUACUUAACAUUUAUACUUUUUUGCUAUUAAACCAUUUGUCUACUACUCAUGUUGUUUUUGAAAUAACAGCAAAUAUCAAUAUACUUGUUUUCUUUAACUUUGUAGCAAAAAAUUGGCCAGGCCAUUAUGGGGAAGAAUAAUUCUGCUUGUCAACACUGCUUGCUUCAUUUCAAGCAAUUUUUAUAGAUAAGACAGAGCUUGCUGAUUGUACAUAAGAGUCAUUUCUGGCAUAUAUAUUUUUUUACAAAUAAAUAUUUUUUGCUCCUGA